AAUACAUGGAAGUACUUCGUGUCACACGCACAAGUGUGGUGCUGCCUAUGGUGAUUUUACUACAUGGUUAUUCUUGUUUAUAUACUUUUAUAGACUUUGCUUGUUUACUAUUUUAUGUGUGCUCAUCUCAACGUCUUGUAUCUUAAACAUUAUGGGAGUUCCGGCAUUUUUUCGUUGGCUGUCCAAGAAAUAUCCAUCCAUUGUCGUACAUUCAGUUGAAGAGAAGCCUCGGGAAGUAAAUGAUGUGAAAAUUCCAGUUGAUACAAGCAGACCAAAUCCAAAUGAUGUUGAAUUUGAUAAUUUAUAUUUGGACAUGAAUGGCAUCAUACAUCCUUGCUGUCAUCCUGAGAACAAGCCAGCCCCUAAGAAUGAGGAUGAAAUGAUGAUUGCUAUUUUUGAAUAUAUUGAUAGAAUCUUUUCAAUUGUUCGACCGAGGAAGCUGUUGUACAUGGCAAUUGAUGGUGUUGCACCAAGAGCGAAAAUGAAUCAGCAAAGAUCAAGACGAUUCAGAGCAUCAAAAGAAUCAAAAGACAAGCGUAAAGAUCUGGCUAAAUAUCGUGAAGAAAUUUUAGGACAAGGGGGUGAAUUGCCACCAGUAAAAGAGAAAACCGAACAUUUUGACAGCAAUUGUAUAACACCGGGCACUGAAUUUAUGGAUAACCUGUCGGUUGCUUUGCGAUAUUACAUUGCACAGAGGUUAAAUGAUGAUCCUGGAUGGGAAAAUAUUAAGGUGGUGUUGUCUGAUGCUAACGUGCCUGGUGAGGGUGAACAUAAAAUCAUGGAUUUUAUUAGAAAGCAAAGAGCUAGCCCAAGUCAUGAUCCAAACACUCACCAUUGUCUGAAUGGAGCAGAUGCGGAUCUGAUUAUGCUUGGUUUGGCUACACAUGAACCACACUUCACAAUCCUAAGAGAGGAAUUCAAACCAAACCAGAAGAGACCUUGUGAACUAUGUGGCCAAGUUGGCCACGACUUUAAAGACUGUACAGGUCUGCCCAAAGAAAAGCAGGGAGAGUUUGAUGAAUUACCAGCACCAGUUGGAGAAGAUGUGAACUUCAUUUUUAUCCGACUAAAUGUGUUACGAGAGUAUUUAGAGAGAGAAUUGAGAAUGGAAGGUCUUCCAUUUCCAUAUGAUUUUGAGAGAUGUUUAGAUGACUGGGUGUUCAUGUGUUUCUUUGUGGGAAAUGAUUUCCUGCCUCAUCUACCAUCUCUUGAAAUACGGGAAGGUGCAAUUGACAAAUUGAUAACUCUUUACAAGAAAUGCUUACCUGUUACAGGAGGUUAUCUCACAGAAAAUGGAUAUGUGAAUCUUAAAGGAGUGCAUAAAAUACUUGUGGAUUUGGGUGAGAUGGAAGAUAGGAUAUUCAAGGAACGUCAACAGAGAGAGCUUCAUUUCCAAAGACGAGAGAAAGAAAAGAAAGCCAGAAUGAGCAUGGAAACCAACCGUCCUCGCUGGACUCCUGCAGGUCAAUAUUCACCCCAACCUGUCUCAAACAACCCGAGAGCCAUCGAGUCUCCGCGACAAGAGGCUUACAAAAUGAGAAUGGAAGCGGGAAAUCGAGCAAAUUUCAAUGCUGCUGCUAAUCUUAGAUCAAUGCUGGUCGAUAACAGCCCCCAAGAAAACUCCAGUACAUCAGGGACAUCUGAUACAAGCUCAACGCCUUCAACGAGUUCAAAUUCGGCAAAGAAAGACGACGAACCUCCUCCUGACAAUAUCAGGUUGUGGGAAGAUGGCUGGAGAGAAAGAUAUUAUCUGCAGAAAUUUGGUGUGUCUUCCGACGAGGAAUCCUACGAGAGCGUCCGAGAUCAAGUGGCCAGUGCCUACGCCGAGGGAUUGUGCUGGGUUCUUCGAUAUUAUUACCAGGGUUGCUGUUCAUGGAAAUGGUAUUUUCCUUUCCACUACGCGCCGUUUGCCUCUGACUUCAAGAAUAUCGAGUCAAAACGAUUUGACUUUGAGGAAGGAACUCAACCGUUUAAACCUUUGGAACAACUGAUGAGCGUGUUUCCUACAGCCAGUGGAAACUUUCUUCCUUCAACUUGGCGGGAACUGAUGGCUAAUCCGGAGUCCGCGAUUAUUGAUUUCUAUCCAACUGAUUUUGAAAUUGAUUUGAAUGGGAAGAAGUAUGCUUGGCAAGGAGUGGCAUUGCUACCGUUUGUUGAUGAGAAACGUCUUUUAACAUCAUUGGCAAAGGUUUAUCCAGAUCUGAACGAGGAUGAAAAGAGAAGAAAUAGCCGAGGAAAAGAUCGUCUUUUUGUUGGGCCAAAGCAUCCGGCAUGCGAUUUCUUUAAAGAACUCUAUGAGAAUGGCGCGGCGGAUGAUUCUGAGGUGGAUUUGGUUACAGAUCUCACGCAAGGCAUGUCCGGUAAGGUGAUGCUCGAUGAUCAAGCCAUAUUGCCUUCGAAAUGUGUUCCGUCACCAAUCCCACAACUAAGAGAUCUGACUGAAAAUCUUGCCAUUGGUAUAAAAUUUGAAGACGUGAACUACGGAGACGACUACGUAUUCAAAGCACAAUUGCUGCCAAAUGUGACCAUGCCUGGUCGUGUUCUCAAACCAGAAGAUUGGAACGAUAAAAGACCUUAUCGACCACAACUUGGCUUCAGUCGUAACACACCAAGAGCCUCGUUGGAUAUGGCAGGGCAAAGAAUGCUUGGCUUCCACAUGAAGACUGGUGGGGGGAAUGCCUCGAGUUGGGACUCCAGAAACGACCGCCGUAAUUCCUACCCGCCUCCUGCGCACGUAACCUCAUAUGGUCGUUCGCGUUUUUCGGCUGCUGGCCCCUGGCCAAGGCACCCCCCGUCGCAUUACAGUAAUGCACCAGGGGGGUACAGCCCUUACCAGAGAGAUGCACAGAGACAUUCUGGUAAUCGUCAGCAUGGUGGAUACCAUUCACAGCAUGGUGGUCAUUCACAACAUAGUGGCCAGUCACAGUAUGGUAGUCAUUCACAGCAUGAUCGCCAGUCACAGUAUGGUAGUCAUUCACAGCAAGGUGGAUAUUCUCAUGGUAACUCGUAUGGUAGAGAUGACAGAAGUGCUGGAUAUGGUAGAGAUGGUCGUCACUAUGACAACAGAGAUCAAAAUGACCCGAGAAGACGAUCAACAGAGAGUUUUAAUGCACCAAACAACGAGAGAAGACGAAGUGACGGGCGACCACCCCAAGACUACAAUAAAAAAAGAUAUCAACCCUACUGAUCACCGUCACCUGAGGAUAUUGAGCAGGUUUCUAUAUACUACGCAAUAACACUUGCUCCUUAACAACAACAAGGUUUUUAAGAUGACGCGCAAGAUUUUACUGUUUAAACAAUCCUUGUGAUAUGAACCUGUGCAAGGAACACUGUAGACAUGGAGUUAUUUAACAUAUUUCAAGCAAUUUUAAAUCUGUACAUUGUUCCGAAUUUGCACGAAUUUAAAAAAUGUUUAAUCUGAGACUAAA